UGUGGAGAAGCGGGGUUUCUUAAUUCAAGACUAUAAGCAGCAAUUAUCUAGUGGCACGUAGUUCCACAGGCAUCUGAUUGAACUCGAGCCAGCCCCAGUGUGGUUACUGCUCUGGGCGGACGGAGAAGCACUCUGCAUAUGCUCAGGGGAGAGAGUUGAAGUUGCAAAUUGAUCCGGACCAGAAUGCCAGCCGGGUUGUAUCCUGACCCCUCAGCACCCCCAGUUUGAAAAGGACUACAUAAUGCAGAGCUGAGAAAUUGACAGUCUGUGUUCCUGCUCUAGUUUCCUUAUGAUCCAGUUCAUCACCCCGCAAGAAGAAUGAAAGCCCGGGCUGCGGGCAGGCAAGACACAGCUGGCAGAUGGCGCUGGGGAGACGCAGGCCAACCAGACUAUUAAAAGCGCCUUGCUCUUCACUUGGCCUUUUUUCCAGCCUCCCCUUUGUCCCCUCCUCCUCCUCCUGCCUGUCUGUUUGCGUGGAGGCUGCUCCGGGCGCUGGAUGCGAUAGGCAGGUGCUCACCUGCUCCGGGACGGAGACCCCCUUCUGCACCUGGCACAGAGGCUCCCCCAGCCCAGCCCGGAUGGCCCUACAGCUGUCCCAGCGUUGCUGCCGCCCGGUGCCUCCCGCUCCGCCGUCCUGCGGGCGCUUGUGAGACCAGCCCUGGCUCUCCGGGCUAGGACGCGCCUGCCUCUCGGCUUGCUGCAAUGCUGUCUUUGUGGUCCAGCCUUCAACCUUGAGCCCCGCCGCGAUGUCAGAGCCCGGAGCCGCGCCGGCGUCGGGCUCCCAGGAGAGCAGUGAACGGCACAAGCGGGGCACGGCCGAUGGAGAGACCGCGCCGGCUUCGUCCGGGGUCCUGGAUAAACUCUUCGGGAAGCGGCUUCUGCAGGCUGGGCGUUACAUCAUGUCCCACAAAUCGUGGAUGAAAACGGUGCCCACAGAGAACUGCGAUGUGCUGAUGACCCUGCCAGACACAACCGACGACCACACGCUCCUCUGGCUGCUCAACCACAUGCGGCUGGGUAUCCCGGAGCUCAUCAUCCAGAUCCGGCACCACAAACACACCCGUGUCUACGCUCUCUUCGUCACGGCUACCUACGAGAGCUUGCUCCGAGGAGCCGAUGAAAUUGGGCUGAGGAAACCCGUGAAGGCUGAGUUUGGGGGAGGCACACGGAGCUUCUCCUGUGAGGAGGAUUAUAUCUAUGAGAACAUCGAGAACGAGCUAUAUUUUUUCACUUCUCAGGAACGUCAGAAUGUCAUCAGGUAUUGGCUGGAGAACCUGCGUGCCCAGCAAGGGGAGAUGCUGCACAAUAUAAACUUCCUGGAGGGGCAGCCAAUCAUCCCCGAGUUAGCAGCCCGCGGCAUCCUCCAGCAGGUCUUCCCCAUCCACGAGCAGCGGAUCCUCAACCGGCUGAUGAAAUCUUGGGUACAAGCCAUUUGCGAGCCACAGCCCUUGGAUGACAUCUGUGAUUAUUUUGGGGUGAAAAUUGCCAUGUAUUUUGCGUGGCUGGGUUUCUACACGUCGGCCAUGGUGUACCCCGCUGUCGUCGGCUCCCUUCUCUACACCUUUACGGAGAGCGACCAGACGAGCCGGGAUGUGUGCUGUGUGAUCUUUGCCAUCUUCAACGUGAUCUGGGCCACGCUGUUCUUAGAAGAGUGGAAACGCCGGGGUGCCGAGUUUGCCUACAAGUGGGGGACUUUGGACACCCCUGCAGAGUCCAUCGAGGAACCACGGCCUCAGUUCCGGGGUGUGAAGCGCAUUAGCCCGGUGACCAACGCUGAAGAGCUCUACUACCCACCAUGGAAGCGGGUGCUUUUCCAGGGUCUGGUCAGCCUCCCCAUCUGCCUCUUCUGCCUCUCCUUCGUCUUCCUCGCCAUGUUGGGCUGCUUCGAGCUACAGGAAUUUGUGUUGAGCAUCAAGGAGUUGCCGCGCAUCGUGCGUUUCCUCCCCAAGAUUCUCUUGGCCGUCAUUGUCACUGCCUGCGAUGAGGUCUACAAGAAGAUCGCCAAUUGGCUCAACGACAUGGAAAAUUACCGCUUGCAGAGUGCCUAUGAAAAACACCUCAUCAUUAAAACAGUCUUGUUUCAGUUUGUCAAUUCGUACCUAAGUCUUUUCUACAUCGGGUUCUACCUCAAGGACAUGGAGCGCCUCAAGGAGCUCCUGCUCAUCUUCUCUCUCUUCCAAAGCCUCGUGCGUCAGCUUAAAGACGCCAUCCUUCCCUCCGUCAUCCUCCAACUCCACCUCUGCCUCAUCUUCUUUAAGGGCCUGAUGAGCUUUUGCUGGCAGCUGGGAGUCACCAAAAUGCUGGCCACUCUCCUCAUCACGCGCCAGUUCUUGCAAAACGUCAAGGAGGUCUCGCAGCCCCACCUCUACAGCAAGUUCAAGCGCGGCGACCUCAGCAUGCAGAACUUCCGGGAGGUCGCGCACACCCUCCUCCGGCUCCUGACCCAGAAAUACACGCUGGGCAAACCUUCAGGUGGCAACCCUCGGCCCCGGCAAGGCAACCCGCUGGCGGGUCAUGGACCAGAGCCGCCGGAGGCCGCAGCGGAGGGGGGUGCGCCCAAAGGGGAGAAGAAAUGUCUCAACGGCGGGUGCGGGGUCCCCGAGGAAGAAGACGAGAAUAAGGAGUCGGACUCGGAAGACGAGAGCAUUCUCGACUGCGGCCUGAAGCUGAAGAAGGUGAGUUUUAUCGAGAAGGCCGACCGCAAGGCGGGGGACGUGGGCGGCCUAGAGGAGGUGAGCUUCUUGGAAGAGGGGAGCCCCACCAUGGUGGAGAAGGGGAUGGAUCCAGCUUCUGUUUUUGAGCUGUGCGAGGACGACGACGACGAGAGCGACGGGGCCUCGGGGAGCCCCCUCAAGUGUCCGCCCGAGGCCAAGGAGCCGGCGGUCGUCAUGCGGGCGCGGCGACCGCGGGUGGCCAAGAACCCCUCAGAGGGCCAGGAAGAGGAAGACGAGGAGGAGUAUCGCAGGCCUACGCGGACCUCCUGGAUUGACCCGCCGGAGGAGAACUACACCACGCGGCUCGCCCAGGCCGAGGUGGAAAGCUGCAUGAAGAAAUACGAGGACACUUUUCAGGAUUACCAAGAAAUGUUUAUCCAGUUUGGCUACGUGGUCCUCUUCUCGUCCGCCUUCCCGCUGGCUGCUGUGUGUGCCCUGAUCAACAACAUCAUUGAGAUCCGGAGUGAUGCCUUCAAGCUCUGUACGGGGUUGCAGCGCCCCUUCGGACAGCGGGUGGAAAGCAUCGGGCAGUGGCAGAAGGUCAUGGAGGCCAUGGGGGUCCUGGCCAUCGUGGUGAACUGCUACCUGAUUGGACAGUGCGGGCAGCUGCAACGCCUCUUCCCCUGGCUCAGCCCUGAGGGGGCCAUCAUCUCCGUGGUCGUGCUGGAGCAUUUUGCACUGCUGCUGAAAUACGUCAUCCAAGUGGCAAUCCCCGACAUCCCGGCUUGGGUGGCCGAGGAGAUGGCGAAACUGGAGUACCAGCGGCGAGAAGCCUUCAAGAAACACGAGCGGCAGGCCCAGCAGCACUUCCAGCAGCAGCAGCGCCGCAAGCGAGAGGAGGAGGAGCGCCAGCGCCACGCCGAGUACCACGCCCGGAAGGAGCGGGAGAGCGGCCGGGAGGAAGGCAAGGCCGACACCGGCGGGCAGGACCUGGGCCACGAGAAGAGCCAGCCCAAAGGGAAAGGGGCCGGGGGGCUGGGCCACGGCUCUGAGAAGCCCAAGCGGCCCAGCUCCCUCCUGGCCACCAACAACGUCAUGAAACUCAAGCAGAUCAUCCCGCUGCAGGGCAAGUUCUUGUCCGGGGGAGCCGGGGCAGGCGGGACCGGGACGGCCCGUUCCCCGCAGUCCCCGACAGGCACGGAUAACAAACUCCCCGGCUUCCUCAGCUUCAAGUUCCUUAAGUCGCCAGAGACCAAGCGGGAGGCCAGCACCGAGAAGCUGCAGUCCCCCACGAAGCCUUUCAACCCGAGCAAACUGUUCAACUUCAGCAAGUCGGAGGGGGGCAACGGAGCGCCGCCCCCGCAGCCCCUGCGGCCCGGCCCCUUGGCGGAUGCCGCCGAGAAGCCUCCCACUAGCAGAGCGCACCUCAACGGGCUGGUGGACGAGGAGGGGGGCGAGGAAGCCGAGAUCCGAACGGUGGUGGAGGAGGAGGGCGCAAGCCACAAACUCUAACCCCUGGUGGUGGGUGAGGGGUGGGGUGGGGUUGGAGUGGCAAGAGGGCAAAGGAGAUGUCGGUUGGUUCUUCAAGCAGAACGGGGCACCUGCCCACUUCAGAGUCUUGGGGUUGGUGCGAGUGAGGUACCCGUGGGUUCCAGAAUCCGUGGCCCUCAGGGUGGUUUUGUGGCAGAGUCUUGCAGGCUUCUGACCGGGAAAGAGAAGUUCAAGAUUGCCUGCCUGCCUGCCAACCAACCAACCAACCAAACAAACAAAAAGGUAGAUUCCAGAUUGAGAGGUCUAGAACAGGGAUUCUCAACGUGGGGUCCCCCGCUGUUAUUGGACUUCAACUCCCAUAAUCCCCUGCCCCAGUGGCCUUUGGUUGGGGAUUAUGGGAGUUGAAGUCCAAUAACAUCUGGGGACCCAACGUUGAGAAUCCCUGGUCUAGAAAAUAGACUCCAAGAAUGAAGGAGGGUUGGCAUGGAGGUUGCAACUUCAGCUUGGAAACCAGUCAAGGUCGAUUCCCGGCUGCCGUUCCACCCAUGGGGCGUUUGCAGAGGUCUGGUUGUGGGGCAGGCUGGCAUUGGCUACUAGUGCUGGGUCAAGUGGCAUGCUGCUUUCUCCCGGGGGGGUCCCUGGCACAUGCUGCCCCUCGGGUGUCUUUUCUCAGAGCUGGGCCUCUGGGCUUGGUCCGAAGGGCUCUUUCUCCGUGUGUCUUUGGAAGCAGAAGCUCUUCCAAGUGAUCUCUGUGGGGAAUGUGUCUCAAGGCCUCUACCAAAGCCUCCACCGGGGCUCGUUAGGGGGAAUCAAUGGGGCAUGAGCUAAGUCAAAGGAGUUUGUAGGUACAUCUGUGGGAAGAAAGAGGAAGAGAAGUCUGUGGAGUGACAAGGUCUAGGUGUCUGCAGCUGUUACAAAGAUCUGUGCUUGACCGGCUCCGCACCUUCUCUCUCUCUGUCUUGGACCCCAGCACCCCAACAGAAUUGGGAGGCAAAAAGCAUGGUAGCUCAGAUUUGCUUCCUCAUAUUUAAAUUAAUAUUCUAAUCAAAAGGCAGACAACUGCAGCCAACCCUUGUGGCCAAUUAUGGAUACUGUUGAGUUUGGGGCAUUUAUUAAAAAUAGAGAUAUGAUUAAAUUUAACAAAAUAAUUGUUCAACUAUUGCCUUAAAACCGUCAAAGAGACUUGUUCAAGUGGGGAGGAAGGAUCUCCCUCAAAAGUCACACUGCAAAAAGAAUGAGAAAGGGUUGGUGGUCUAAAAGUUGUCUUCAGAUUCUGAAACUGGCAGCUCUGGGGGGGUUCAGAUUUAUGGAUGUCAUGGUUUCUGCUCUUGUCUGCAUUUGUGCUUCUGAGCUAGCCCCCAGAGAGCACCAGGCAGCUAAGACUGAAAUGAACCAAACAUUCAUAACUUCCAAACCUCAGAGUUUUCUGCUCUGAGUCUGGAAUGUGCAGACCCGGCCUCUCCUUGAGGAACGGCGCUUGUCCUCAUGGAGAAUUUGUUUGCUUUUCCUCAAGCAUUUCUCCUUGGUGAGCCAUCCCCAGUUUUGCUUUGAGCAAAAUGUGGGUGGUGAUGCUUCUGCUUUGGGAGUGGCACUCUUCUGUCAUGGGGCCUUCCCUAGAGGGUCCAGACUCUGGAACCAGAGAUAAAAAUGCCCCAUGAGUCGUUCUGCCAGUGAAAUUGCUCUGGCAAACUGUCCGAGGUCCCCCCUUCUGCUUGGAGAACAGCCCCGUGGGGCAGCAUGCUGUUGGGAUUUCCAGCGGGUGUUGUGGAGAAGAGAGACAUGCUUCUGAGCCAAUGUGCAUGCAUGGUUAACAUUUGCACUAAACCUGAAACCAAGA